CCUGGGGAGUCAUUCCGUAAUUUUCGAAACGAUAAUCGUCAAAACGAUUAUCAUUAACGAUAUCGUCAAUAAUUUGCUUCACGUAACUUUAUCGCUAUCGUCUCGUCAAUCGUUUUCGGUAUAAGAUCGUUCAGUAUGACUGAAAUGUCAAAAUGAACUCAACGAAAGAUAAUGCUUGUUCGAUAACUUGAAAAUGUUAUUAAACUUGGUUUUUCUCUAUGAGAAAUUUUGAAAAUUUGUAAAAAAUGUCAUGUUACCAAACAUGCUAAUUACUUUGUGAAGUUUAUUGUUACUGUUACUUUUAGUGUUUUUAUUUGUUGCCGCUGAUGAUAAAACUCUUGUUUCAAAAUGUCAGUAACACAAAAUCAGUUCCAAAUGUGUAUCAAAUUUAUGGAUGAGCAUCCUUCCUUGGCCAAUGGGUAUAAACCUAAUUCUUUACAAGGGAAGGCGGACCUAAAUAAGUUGUGGGCCGAAUUGGCUGAGAUUUUAAAUUCGAAUGGCCCACCUAUGAAAAACAUUGCUGGUUGGAGGAAGGUGUGGACUGAUUACAAAUAUCGAGCCAAGAAAAAACUGAGCCAAAAUUUGUUGUCCAUGCAAAAAACCGGAGGUGGGCCAUUCGAAGAAGUAGAAAUUACGGAGGAUGAUGAAAAAAUAAUUCAGUUGACAUCAAUUCGGAAGGCAGUAUCCGGAUUGAAGUGCCCUUCUUUUGGAGCUCCAAGCCCAUCCACAGCCGCAACAACUCUGUCAGUUGCAUCGGCGUUAGCAUCAGCAGCACCAUCGACAGCCCCAUCUUCCUCGGAUUCAAAAAUAGUCAAAAGUCCACAGCAUUCCCCAGGAAAUGAGCCUGUACAAAACAGGAAAAGAUAUUCAACCCCCUUCGUGGCAGCCAGUACCCCUAAACGCCGAAAACAGAAGGAUACAAACGAGUUACUGAAUGCUCAAAUUGAAAAUGAUUCAAUUUUUCAGGAUAAAUUAUUGAAUAUUUUGAGAGAGAGAAAUGAGCAAGAUGCAAUAUUCCAAGCCAGAGUCAUUGAACAACUGGAAAGACGCAACGACAUUGCAGAAAAGCAAUUGCAGAAAGGAUAUUUUUAAGUUGUGUGAUUAAUUUUAUAUUUGAAUUCAUUUUUUUUUUUUGCUUAAACUAUAGAAUUUUUGUGUUUAGUUUCUAGUUAUGUAUGCUAAUUUAUGCAGUUGUUUUUGUGUGUUAAUUUUUUUUUUUCAGAAAUAUACCUAGUAUAAAUAUAUUUAAAUAAUAAUAAAUAAUCAUGUCAAAAACGAAUUUUUUAUAUCAUCUCUUAUAUUAAUUGCUAAUUGCUUCAUUGCAUUGUUUUCACUUGAUAUUUGCGAUUCGCUCAAUCCAUAGCUA